AGUGAGUUAUCUGAGUGAGUCUGAGGGUGUGUGAGUGAGUCUUUUGUUUUUUUUCUUUUCCCUCCAUUUAACAUGUUAAGUCAGAUCAGGAAGUGUGAUGCUGUGACAGUAGAGAAGGAAGUGGGCACACAAUGGCACUAUGUCUGCUUCUUGGCCUGGUAGAAUGAGAGGCCCCCGGGUGAAGACCCCUCUGCUGCUGCUGCUGCUGCUGAGCACUCUGACUUGGACAGUGUUAUGCCAUGAAGAUGAUGGUACAGAUCCAGAACCUGAGACAAAAGAAAAGGAGACAGAACCAGAAGAUGAUGGUGAUGCAGAGACCGAAGAACCACUCCCAACUGAUUCUGAUGCCACCUCAGCACCAGACCCUCCUGUCACAGAAGAAAAGGGUGAAGAGCCCAGAGAAGAAGAUCAUGGCUCAGGAAAGGGUCGCUCCUCCGGAGAUGAUGAAAAUAUAGAAACAACAGAAGACCCCAACUUUACGGGUCCAACCAUCACACCAACAGAGGAGGGUUUGAUUCCCAUGAUCAUCCUGAUCCCUGUGGUGCUGGCGGUCGUAAUCAUCGGCAUGAUAGUUUGUGGUAUUUUCAUCAACCGCAGGUGGAACAAAAAAGUGAAAAAUCAAGAGCUACAAAGAGAGGAUCCAUAUUUGGAUGGAUACAGUACAGAGAAGGUGCCAAUGCCCAUGUUUGAAGAAGACGUGCCCUCUGUACUGGAGCUAGAAAUGGAAGAGUUGGACCAGUGGAUGAAAAAGGAUGGUGACAUUGCAGAGGACUCUAAACAUCCAUGAAUCUAUUUAUGGUAAACAAAGGAUGCUCUCCCGGUAUGCAAGGACACACAGUCAACAAUGCAUUGUUGCCAACUUGGAUGGUCUGACCUUUCUGCAAUAAUCCAGCAACAUUUGUGACCAUGGGAACUUAUUUGACUGCCAGGAAACAACAUCACAACACUUAAAGGAUGCUUUAUAAACAGUAUUUUCAUUUUUGCAGUAAAAUAUUUAGCAAGAAAGUCUUCAAUGUGCAACAAUUUAACUUAAACUUGUUAAAUAGUGGCUCCUUGGUUAUGAAAGUGAUCAGUGUUGUGCCUUUCAUGUAUUGUUUCUGUCAUGCUUUGCCUGUUUUGAUUGUUUUGUUGAACUGUCAAACAGUACUCAGUUAUACCAGGUAAAUGCACAAUAUUUUCUGUCUCAAUUAAUCAGCCUGAAUGAAAAGUAUUAAGUUUAAACCUAAAAUACACUGUGCUGCAGCUACCAAGCAUUUCCUUUUGUGCAGAUUCAUGCUGUUAAAGAGUAUGUGGUCAUCUUAAAGUGCAUUAGGCUACAGAUAUGACUGCUCACAGUUUCUGCUGAUGGUUUCUCUUCAGCUCAAAGCCUCUUUGUUGUAUUACACUAUGCGACUCCCUCCAGCUGCAGGUAUUAAAAUAUCUUGUUGGAGAUUGUUGUCAUGUAUGAAAGAGAAGGCCACUCCAUUUCAUGCCUGUACAGAGCUUGUUAGGAUGUAAGGAGAAAAUGUUUUUAUUCAGAAACUGAAAUCAGAGUCUUUUGAUAAAUGAUUGCCCGUUACAGAAACAGCUUUCUAAAAGCUGCUACUGAUAAGAUUUUCAUCUCACCAUAGAUAAUAACUCUCUGAUUGAAUACUUUGUCAAAAGAUGAUGUUCAGAUGUUUUGUUUCCGGUUUUGAUGAAUCUAAGCAGUCAUGACACUGAUCUAAAUGUGAGUGAAACUUUGUAAACGUCAGUCAGUGUUUUGCAGUAUCUUGCACUGUAAAUAUGAGAAUACAGUAUACAGAAGAUAUUAUUUUCAAGGAAUGCCUUUUGUAAAUAUUUCAUAUAAGGCUGUAGUAUUGUUGUUUUGCUGAUGAAGCUUUGAAUAAAAUUUCAGUAAAUAAAA